AAAAGUAUGUGAGAUACUCAACCCACUCAACCAGAAAUCUCUCCAUAAUUUAGUAAUAAUCCCAGGAAGUGUGCAAUCCCCCAAAAACUUACUCUUACAAGUAACCCAAACAAGAGUGUAAGGAAGUGAAGUGAAUUUUUGGUGAUGUUGUCAACAGAAAACUUUUUCACCCAUCCACUUUGUCUCAUUCAACUUGUAUUGGUGAUACUUAUAUAUAGCAUAAAUGUACAUUAAACUGUUACAACGUGCUAAGUCAUCCUGGGUGAGGGAUAACGCAGGGAAAAAGUAACCGUGAUUCAGCGUAAGAGCCACAGGAGACGUGCAAAGAACAGAGGUGAAAUUUUGUGAAGCUGUGCAUGAAAGGAUAAUAUCAUCACCCCCUAAGCACUACUAUCCACUUCAAUAUCAACCCAAGUUAGUUGAUGGGUAAUCUUGGGUGCGUCUGGGUGAAAUGAGAACACUUGGUGUGUCCAGGAAGUGUACAACAAGUGAUCGACAAAGGACAACCACAGCACCAGGAAGCAACGGCAGGCGGGCUGUCGACAACAUUUUCAGUCAGUUGUAGUGUUAAUAAUGGUGAUGACAUGACCAUUUCCUUUGUUCUUCAACCACCAAAGUGGUGGUAAAAUCAUCUGCGAGCCAGCAAACCAUCUGAAUCUGGGCAAAAAGAGAGCUCAGUGUUAUUCUGUACUGUAGCAGUUUUACUUGGGCGAAAAUGGCAACAAUUUGUCGAGUAUUUGCGGUGUGGAUCUCAUUGUCAGUUGUGCAUCUCAUACAUGAGCUGCAAGCCUCCUCAUCUCCUUCAUCCAGCCAACAAGACGUUAAUUUGCAAGGAGUUGAACCGGAACCUGAAUUCGAAGGAACAAUUUCAAAUGUGACAUUCCCAGCCGGAAGAGAAGCCCUCUUGACAUGUUCAGUGAAGAAUCUGGGAAGAUAUAAGGUUGGCUGGCUUCGGGCGUCUGAUCAGACGGUUUUGGCACUGCAAGGCCGUGUUGUCACACAUAACAAUCGAAUUAGUGUUGUCCACGAAGACAUGCACACCUGGCGAUUGCGCAUCAAACAGAUCCGGGAGUCAGAUAAAGGGUGUUACAUGUGCCAAAUAAAUUCUAGUCCCAUGAAGAAGCAAAUUGGAUGUAUCGAUGUGCAAGUGCCUCCGGAUAUAAUCAACGAAGAGUCAUCAGCGGAUAUUGCUGUGCAAGAGGGAGAAGAUGCAUCAUUAACGUGUCGUGCUACUGGAAAUCCAAUCCCAAGAGUCACAUGGAGAAGAGAGGAUGGCGAUGUUAUUCUUAUAAGAAAGCCCGGAAGUCGAGAAAUAGUGAAAGCUGAUUCAUACAACGGAACAUCAUUAAAAUUGUCUCGACUGGAACGCCGUCAAAUGGGAGCUUAUUUCUGCAUAGCUUCAAAUGAUGUUCCUCCCGCUGUAUCCAAGAGGGUUUCAUUAAGCGUUCAUUUUGCGCCGUCAGUUCGAGCACCGAGUCAGCUUCUGGGUGCCCCCUUGGGGUCCGAUGUUCAGCUGGAGUGUCAGGUGGAGGCGUCACCAGCCCCAGUAUCGUACUGGCUGAAGGGUGGUCGUAUGCCGCCCAAUGGUUUUACCGGGAGUACCACCAGCUUGGAAUCGGGUCAGCCCCGACCAGAGAUGCUCCUGGAUGGUCCCAAAUAUGGUAUCACAGAACAACGAUCUGGAUACCGGGGAGUCAUGAGGCUAGUGGUACGUUCGUUCUCACAUACCGACGUGGGGACAUAUCAUUGCGUGAGCACAAAUUCACUUGGACGUGCUGAGGGAACCCUACGACUCUAUGAAAUUAAAAUUAGUCCUGGAAGUGUCACAUCAGAUGAUGAACAAACAAACUUCAUUGGAGGACUUGCAGAAGCCGCUAGAGGAAGGGGCAAUUCCAGUGCCAAUUUGCCACAAAUGAUGAUAUCAAAAACAACAUUUUUGCUCAUGACAACUCUAUGGGUGUACGUUAGUUCUUUAUUUUCUAUCACUACACCCACCUCCUCAUCACUGAGAAUCCUGCAGAGCUGACAACAUCAUUGAACGCCCCCCAAUAGCUGCCACAAAAUCAGACAGAACAGAAUGAGAAGUAUUCACCCCAUUUGUUAAGUGAAAUCAUUAGGGGUGAAUUUUUCUGACACUUCGUUAUAAUAAAAAUAGGACAUCGUGCAAAAUGACGACAAUGAUACAGUAUUUCUUUCUCUUCUGGAGUAUAUCAUCUUAUAUAUUUAUUUCUUCUUUUUUUUCCUGAAAAAAGAAUUUAUAACUCAUAUUUACUUCCCUGUAAAGUGUAAAUUCUGAGGGAUGAUUAUGGUGUCGUCGUGGCAUCGCAAGGCAAGCAUUGUAUGAAAAGUUUAUGAGAAGAAGUGUUGGUGAAAAAAAGUGAAAUAAAAGGAGGAAAAAAAGAAAAAAAACACAAAGAGCGUGUGAAAACUAUAUUUUUCCAUGUGGUACCAUUUCUAUUGUGAUCAAAGUUUUAUGGUAAAAGUUCUCGAUUUCACAAAAAGGAGUUUAGCGAACUGUAUAGUGAGAAAGGUCCUCCGUACUAUACAACAAAAUGUGUAACGAAAAAAAGAGGUGAAAGAAAUAAACCUUAGGAAUAAGAGAAAAUGUACAUCCAAAAAAAACAAGUUCAUAUCAAUGCAGCCGCAUAGCAACCAAAUGGUCAAUUGAACAAAA